GAUUUCAAUGUUGAAUAACACGUCCACUAAAUUCACAAAACUUUGAUUUACGUAAACAUUAAAUCAAUUAAUUAAUUGAUUUAUUUAUUAAUGAGUUUAUUGUUGACAAUCAAUGUGUUUGUCAUUAACUAUUCAACACAUAUUUGUUUAUAAUUAUCAUUGAAUUUGGUCGACACGUCCUCACCGGUCAUGUAUUGAAUCAAUUGAGUGAUAUAUGUCUUUGAAUAUUACAUAUGAUAUUUUCAUUACCAUAUCGUCGAUAACUUUAAGUGGAUCUCAAAUCACCUCAAUUUUGUGAUAAUUACAAUAAAAUUAAAGACUAUUAGAUUAAUACAAGAGAUGUCUCAACAGCGAAACAGAUCGCAAAAACAGAUGGCAUAUCAACAGUCAUUACUUGAAUCUCAAGAAGAAGUGAACGGUUGGAGUCAUGACUCACAUGAAGACGAAAACAAGAAGUCAAUGAAGAAGAGGGCGUUGAGAGGCGAUUACAUGUCGAUAGCGGUUCUCUUAUUUCUUUAUAUAUUACAAGGCAUACCAUUGGGUUUGGCGGCCAGUAUUCCCAUGAUUUUGACGAACCGAAAGGUCAGUUAUGCAGAACAGGCGAUCUUCAGUUUUGUUUCGUGGCCUUUCAGUGUUAAACUUUUGUGGGCACCGAUUGUCGAUUCGGUGUAUUGUCAGGCAAUAGGUCGCCGUAAGACAUGGUUAGUGCCGACUCAAUACUUUAUCGGCAUUUUUAUGUUAGUAUUAUCGUAUACUAUUGAUAACCUUUUGGACAACUCUGGUUUAGGACCUAAUAUUUAUUUAUUAACGACGGUCUUCUUUGCGCUAAACUUUUUAGCCGCAACUCAGGACAUUGCGGUCGAUGGUUGGGCUCUAACAAUGCUUUCCCGUGAAAAUGUUAGUUAUGCGUCCACUUGUAAUACAGUUGGACAAACAGCCGGUUAUUUCUUGGGAAACGUUGUAUUUUUGGCUCUCGAAUCAGUAGACUUUUGUAAUAAUUAUUUACGAAGUGAACCGCAAACCACAGGAUUUGUCACACUUUCGGGAUUUUUCUUUUUCUGGGGAAUAGUAUUUAUGAUCUCAACAUCUCUUUUAAUGAUUUUUAAACGCGAAAAGACUAAUCGUUUGUCCGGCGAUGAGCCCGAUAUGGGUGUACUUCAAACAUAUUCAAUGUUAAUCCGAAUUUUCAAUUUGCCAUCCAUUCGGUUAUUUGCAUUAAUACUAUUGACCACUAAAGUUGGUUUCGGUGUUACCGAUUCAGUGACUGGUCUAAAGUUGAUUGAGGCCGGUGUUCACAGAGAGAACUUAGCAUUGAUGGCCAUCCCAAUGACUCCAUUGCAGAUUAUAAUGCCGUGGAUUAUCAGCAAAUACACUAACGGUCCCCGACCUCUAAGUGUGUUUCUUAAGGCUUAUCCAAUUAGACUAUUGUUUGGUAUAGUAUUUGCUAUAAUCCUUUGGUGGACAAAAUAUGUCAGAAAUCCUACCGACGGAUCCUUUCCAGCCUAUUAUUACGCCGUUAUAUUGUUUGCCUAUGCGUUACAUCAAAUAGCGCUCUACUGUAUGUUUGUGGCUCUCAUGUCAUUUCAUGCCCGCAUAAGUGACCCAUUAAUUGGUGGCACUUAUAUGACAUUAUUGAAUACAAUAACCAAUUUGGGUGGCAAUUGGCCGCAAACAUUAUCUCUUUGGCUCAUUGAUCCAUUGACAAGAAAGACAUGUUCGGUAAAUAAUAUGUCCUGUAAUGAUGCCGUUUCUCUUAACGCUUGUCAAGCCAGCAAUGGCAGCUGUGAUGUUACCACUGAUGGUUAUUAUGUUGAAGUAGUGCUGAGCAUUAUAAUUGGUUUGCUUUGGUUUAAAUGGGGUCGGAGUAAGAUUAGAGCUCUUCAAAUGAAACCAAUGACUGCUUGGAAGUGUGCGUAACAAAGAGUCCAGCAUUUGGUCUAAUAUUUAAUUGUUUAUACAUUUGAUGACUUUUGCACAUUCCUUCCUUCAAUUUUUAUGUCCAAUAUUUAAUAAUUGUUGACAUUUUAUAACAACUUGAAGAGAGUAUAUAAUAAAUAGUAAAAUUAAUUA